UCCAUGGUUUUAUCUAUUGAACACACCACGUAAAGCUAGUGAUCCUAACAGGGUCUAAUUGAUGCUCGUAACUUACAACCACGGAGCUGACGUCAAAUGUUGAAGAGGCUCUCGUGCGAUAUAAGAGUAGACAUCGCCUAACUCUUCCUUCGCUCCACGUCAUUUCGUCGAUAAAUUCUUGCUGCAAGCGACUCGUCGAACAUACUCAGUCAGGAGCAUCCGAGCUGAAGUCACCGCGUUCAAAUAUGCUUCGUCUCAUGGCAGCGCUGUUGGUCGGGUUCGUACUAUGGGCCUGGUUGAGUCGGCAUGGAGCACAAAGCAUGGUCAUCACAGGGGUCUGCGAGAUGGACACAGAAUGCAUCAAGUGGAAGGGAGAGGACUCCUGCUGUGCCUCCUGGGACAAUCGGCGGGGCCUGGGCGUCUGCAAGCCCAUGGGCAGGAGAGGGCAGCCGUGUCAGCUGGUCAACGAGAUGCAGGGCCACCCCUCCGAGUGCAAGCGCAGCUUCUGGAGAUGUCCCUGCGGCCCGGGGCUGCAAUGUGUGUACCUGAAGAAGGACCUACCGUACGGCUUAUGUAUUUAAAAAUGAGACAAGUUUUGGGUGUGUCAAACAGAGGACAGGUUACGAAGACAACACUUAUUGGACUUUCCAGGAGAACAGUUAGUUAAAGCCCCGGUCACACAUAGCCGACCAUGGCCUCCCAACCACUACCAACCCCUUGACAAUGGUUAAGAGUAGGUUGGCUAUGGUUGGCAUUUGGUCUGCGAGGUCGGGUACUGGCAGCGUUGUCCAAAAUGUUUCAAAAUGCUUUUCGGGAGGGGAGUGAGUUGUGAAAAGGCUGUGGGCUGGUUG